AUGGAAUUUGAGGUUCGUCCAGGACCUCAUGUUUCUUCCAGUGUUACUCUGCAUGAGGCUACAGCUUGUAGACAUGGUGCUUCUGUUACAGCAAUUAGUCCUUUGGAAGUCUAUGCAAGCCAUACUUCUGGUGGGGAGAGAAUUGGGAACAGAUGGCUUUGCGAGGAGACGAGGUCAUCAGCUGUGCCUGCAAGCGUUGCCAACGUGACAAACAAACUUGGUGGGAGUUCGUGCAAUGUUGUUGCUGCUGAAUCUUUGGCUCAAGGUCUUUCCAAAGAAGGUCAUAGGAGUGACAGUGUUUCUGAUUGUGCUGCCCUGGACACCACAUCUUCGGAUUUUGCAGCUGGAGGUGCGCUGAUGAGAAAGAAGGUCAUGCAUACAGCUCGAAAAUCAGUCAAACCUCCCAGAUUGAUUCAGAAAUCUCUUCUCCACACUCAGUGUAGGCCCUCCUCCAUGGAAAUCGAGAGGAAAACAGAACUUGCAUGGAGUGUGGACAUGAAUGAUAUUGAGGACACUGGUGUGUUUACCAAAGAUCGAGCUAUUCAGGAUCCCAUGUCUGCAAACAAGUCCCCCUGGACAAAUGGAAAGGAAGCUGCCUUCUUCGGUCCCAAGAAGAGGGUGAGCAAGAAGCAGCUGAUGAACAAAAGGAGGGUUACUGUAAAAGGUCCUGCCUCUGCGUGCGCGUUGGAUGACAAGGAGGAUUCCAUCUUGGAAGAUAGUGAAAUUUUCAAGGCCCUGGCUGCUCAUGAAACGAAGUUUGAAUAUGGGCCCCAAAGCGCAGAUGCUAGGAGCUAA